CGCCGUCGUAAGAGCGACGAGAACGAUUUACGACGUCAUCAAGCAGCAACAGGCGUCGGAGCUGCGAGUGGAGAGUCUGAGGGUUUGAGAAGAUGUGAGGGUCCGGCCGCCGGACACACCGGGAGAGCGUGCUAGUGAGAAGGAGAGAAGACGCACGAGCAGCUGGAUGCGGGGCGGCCGCCUGCGGUGAGCACUGAGGCGCAGCCAGGAUGGACGACGUGAUGGAGGAAGACGGCAGUUUCGACAUGAUGGAUGACCACAACCAUAACAACUGGGAGGCCAAGGCGGAUGCGUACGGCGGCCAAGCGCCUCCGCCCGGGGAGCCUAACGCCGUCGGCCGUUCGAGCGGAGUGCCGGAGUCGGAGAGCGCAGGGGCGGCCGCUGGCAGAGCCGCCCUCAACAUCAACAGCUCCGCGUCCAAGUUCUUGAUGAACGUGAUCUCUCGGGAGGAGUAUCAGAGCACGUACUGGCCGAAGCUGGAGAGCGCCAUCGAGCAGCUGCUGACGCAGAGCCCCAAGGACUACAUCCCCAUCUCCUACGAGCAGAUCUACAGCUGUGUAUACAAGUGUGUCUGCCAGCAGCAUUCCGAGCAGAUGUACACGGACCUGAUGGGAAAGAUCACCCGGCACUUGCAGCACGUGUCUGAAGAGCUCAAGAGCAGCCCUCCAGAGCACUACAUUGAGAAGUUUAACGCGGCCCUCACACAGUAUAUGGGGGCUCUGCAGAGCAUCGUGCCACUCUUCAUUUACAUGAAUAAAUUUUACAUCGAAACGAAGCUGAACCGAGACCUGAGGGAGGACCUCGUCAAGCUGUUCACGGACUGCGUGGCGGAGAAGCACGUGUGCACUCUCAUGCCUUUACUCUUACAAGCUCACUCCACACCGUUCCAGAUAACGCCGUCCACCAUGGCGAGCAUCAUCAAGGGCCUGUAUGCGCUUAGACCUGACUGGGUACAGCUGGCGCCUGCCCUUUUCUCCAAUUUUAUCCCUAACAUCCUUCCUCCGGCCAUGGAGUCCCAGCUGUCUGAGUAUGCAGCACAAGACCAGAAGUUCCAGAGGGACCUCAUGCAGAACGGCUUCAGCAGGGGUGAUCAGUCGCGGAAGAGGGCCGGCGAGGAGCUGACGUACAGUGGAGCCUCGUUGUCCAGUGCCACCUCCCGUGGGUACAGAUAAUGAGGGGGCACACAGUCAAGCUGGGACUGCAGUCUGUGGUGGGCUCACACUUGAUUACUGGACCCUGGUGCUGAGCGGCUCCCCUGGCUGGGAUGUGGACAAGUGUUUGCCGCUCCGAGGGGCGCGCGCGUCGUCUUAACGCUGUGAGGAAGGGGCCUCGCUCCUCGCAGUCUUGCUCGUUUGGAGAGACCCUUUGUGCUGUAGCCGUGUGCCAGUGUCGGGCAUCGCUCUUGAGGCACCCCUGCCAAGCUGGAGGCGGUGGGUGGGGGACAUUUUGCAUUUUGUUUUAAAAAUGUUCCGAUGGGCUUUGUUUGUCACACGGGCGCCGCUGUGGCGACGCCAUGGCAUUUUGGAAUUUUUUUUUUUUUUUGGUCAGUCUUGGACUUCCAAUCAGAACCUCGGUGAAAAGCGGACUGGAUGGCAUUAAAGACCCUUUUUGCAGA